AUGGCUUCCAUUCUACAAGGCGCGCACUCCUCGGCAGGUCACGACUACGAUAGGAUAAUAGACCAUCACCAUGACUCCUCCUCGUCCGCUUCCGCCUCUCCGACCCCGAGUGCCUUCCCCACCGUUGCCCAAGACGACAACCCUCCGAACGAACCCAUCGUCGAGAUCACGGCCGCCCAAAAGAUGCUCUCCGCCACCUCGGGCAGUCUUCUCACCGGCCUCCUCGUGACUCCCCUCGACGUCGUGCGAGUCCGAUGGCAGUCCCAGUCCUUUACCCAGCCAUCACCAACCGCUCAUACCGUUUCCGAUUUCUCCAAGCUAGCCGGCUCACAUUUAUCCAAUGCCGCUUUCCGGCCCUCGAAUCUCGGCGUCACCGCCUGCUGCCGCGAAGUCUUCUUUGCCAACAACUCCGAUGGAUGCAUCGUCGCCGCCGGGCCGCGCAUUGGCUCUGGUGCCAUCACACCCAGUGCCAUCUCCUGCGCGGUUGAAGAGACAAAGCAACGAAACUUCAACUCUACACUCGACGGCCUCCGCAAGAUCGCCCGCAAUGAGGGCUUCACUUCCCUCUGGCGCGGACUUUCACCAACCCUCCUGAUGGCUAUCCCCGCCAACAUCAUUUACUUCACCGGCUACGACUGGCUGCGUUUCAACACUUCCAGUCCGAUCCAGCAAAACGUCAAGGAGGAAUACGCUGCCCUAGUGGCUGGUGCAGGUGCCCGCAUCCUCGCCGCCACGGCCGUCGGGCCUAUCGAGCUGUUCCGCACUCGCAUGCAGGCUUCCCCGGGCAGCACAACGGGAUCACAUCUCACUCAUACGUUUAGGGGGAUCAAGGACAUGGUUCACGCGCACGGCUAUCGAUCGCUCUGGAGGGGGUUGACACUUACCCUUUGGCGUGACGUGCCGUUUUCUGGAAUGUACUGGUGGGGAUAUGAGUCGAUUCGAGGAACGUUGACGGAUGCACGCGAGGCUCGCUCUAGGGGACGUGGUAGGACACUCGACCUAGAUUCCGAAGACCGCCACAGAGCCCGUCGGAGGUCCCAGUCAAGGGAGAAUCACGCCGAGACCUUCACCGACAGCUUCAUCGCCGGCGCCUUAUCUGGAGCCUUCGCCAGCGUGGCCACCAUGCCAUUCGACGUCGGCAAGACGAGGACACAAGUCUACCGUGACACCGGCACUACAACACAAGCCGCUAUCGCGACAAUGGAGAAGACUGCUGCGAGACCGGAGGAGAGGAACAUGGCAAGACUGCUGUGGCAUAUCUUCUCCACGGAAGGCGUGGCCGGUCUUUUCAGGGGCUGGAUUCCCCGCACGCUCAAGGUGGCGCCGGCUUGUGCCAUUAUGAUUAGCAGUUAUGAGGUCGGAAAACGAGCCUUUAGGGGGAUGAAUGAGCGGGCGGCCAUGAAGGAGCGGGAGGAGCUCGCACAGCAGCAACAGCAACAGGAGCAUUCGAGGGAGACUUGA